AUGUAUCCGGCAAACCUCUAUGACACUCGACACGGUCUGGAUGUGGCCCAUACAGCUGAACCUUUGACGGAAUCCAGCUUGUUCUUGAGGCUGGGCUUCAUCCAGCGUCCUACAUAUGUGCGUGAGGACAAUCUUGAAUACUUUGUACAAGAUGCUCAGCAAGCAUAUCGAACGAUAGUUCCAAAGACCUUCUCGGUCACUUUUAUUACGAAUAAGAACGGUUCGCAAGGGUUCUCACUGGUCUAG